UGUGCCUCGCUGAUUUGUUGUCAUAUUACACACACCGACUGUGUUCCCUCUUGGACUAUGUCUAUGUCCCAAACUGAAACCACCUUUAUUUAAGUCCUCCUGUCACGUCCAGCUAGUGUAAUUCAGAAGUAGCGCAGUUGUGUGUGAGUGUGUGUUUACAGGCAUGGAGGAUGUACUCAGUAACAGUUAGGUAAGCAGGGUGUCGACAGGUGAAGAAACGGGGCUACACCUUUACGGUAUUUUAUCUCUUCCUGAGGUUAAACCUGCCCUGUCCUCCGGCUUCACUUCUCUGCUGUACCCGCUCCUCCUGUUCUCCUCACCGGAUUCCUCUUCGGGGUUUACCUCGACAGCAGAAAUGUCGGAGGAAAAAACGGAUAUUUCCAACGAGCUGUUCGAGAGUGUGCGGGAGGCGGUGGGCCGCAGGGUGAAGCUGACCCUGAGGCGCAAAGUCCAGCUGGAGGUCAAAGGGGACAAGGUGGAGAACAGAGUGCUGGCCCUGGCAUCCCAUCGAGCCUAUCUGCUGACAGCACGGGUCCCUUCCAAGGUUGAACACUCCUUCAGCUACCUGGAUAUCCAGGGAAUCAGCAGCAACAAGCCCACUCAGUUGGUGUUGGAGUAUGAGCGCGGGCUGUGGAGCCUCCGGCUGGGUUCGGUGGAGGAAGUGGACGAGGUGAUCGCUCACAUCGGCAGCUGCUUGCACCGCAUCCGCCCCGCCAGCUCACCUGUGAAGGUGAUGAAGAAGCUGAGUCUGAAGCCUCCCGAGAGGACGGCGUCUCUCCAGGCCCUCUGGGAGGAGCAGAGCUCUGCAGACCCGGGUCCCUGCGGCGGGUUUUCUCAUCAGUACUGGUGUGUGUGUGAUUACCUGGGUCUGCCGUACAGAGAGGAGGUCCAGUGGGAUGUGGACACCAUCUAUCUCACUCAGGACACCAAAGAGCUCAACCUGCAGGACUUCAUUCACCUGGAGAACAGGGAUCUGGUGGCGAUCAUCGCAGCUCUGGAGUACAACCAGUGGUUUACCAAACUCUCCGCCAAAGACUACAAGCUGUCAACAGAUAUAUGUGAGCAGAUCUUGAGGGUGGUGGCUCGGUCCAGCCGCCUGGAAGAGCUGGUGCUGGACAACACUGGACUCAGAAGUGAUUUUGCUCAGAAACUGGCCAGCGCUCUGUCCCACAACCCCGCCUCCACGCUGCACACACUCACCCUGAGCAACAACUCCCUGGAGGACAAAGGUGUUGCUGCUCUCAGUGCUCAACUCGCCAAACUGCCCAUGGGCCUGAAGCACCUGAACCUGUCCAGGACCUCCAUGUCUCAUAAAGGUAUAAGCAGCCUCUGUCAGGCUCUCUGCGCCAACCCUGCAGUGGCCUCCGCCCUCACACACCUCGACCUGUCGGGGAACUCGCUCAGAGGAGAUGACCUGCAGAACCUGCACAGCUUCCUGAGUAACCCAAACUGCCUGGAGACUCUGGAUCUGUCCAACAGUGACUGCUCUCUGGAUCAGGUGUGUGCUUCUCUGCUCAGAGGAUGCCUGAAGCAUCUCUCUGUCCUCAACAUGUCAAAGACAGUCUUCUCUCACAGGAAGAUUAAAGAAAUCCCUUCGUCCUUUAAGCAGUUCUUCAGCAGCGCUCUGGCUCUGAGCUCAGUCAGUUUGUCAGGAACCAGGCUGCCUCUGGAGGCUCUGAAAGCGUUAUUGUUGGGGCUCGGCUGCAACCCAAACCUCAGCGACGUGUCUCUGGAUCUCAGCUGCUGUGAGCUGCGUUCAGGAGGCUCCCAGAUCCUAGAGGGGUGUGUGGCAGAGAUCCCCAACAUCUCCAGUCUGGACAUUUCUGACAACGGGCUCGACAUGGACCUGACCACCCUGCUGGUCUGGCUGGCCAAGAACCGCUCCAUCAGACACCUCUCACUGGGCAAGAACUUCAACAACAUCAAGUCCAAAAAUGUGUCUCAGGUCCUGGACAACCUGGUUCACAUGAUUCAAGAGGAGGAUUCACCGCUGACCUCUCUGUCCCUGGCUGACUCCCGGCUGAAGACCGACCUGUCCAUCGUCCUCAACGCUCUGGGCAGCAACUCCUCUCUGACCAAGCUGGACAUCAGUGGAAACGCCAUGGGAGACAUGGGGGCCAAGAUGCUGGCCAAAGCCCUUCAGAUCAACACCAAACUCAGGACGAUAGUGUGGGACAGAAACAACAUCAGCCCCCAGGGUCUACAGGACGUCGCUGCUGCUCUGGAGAAGAACUACACCAUUCGUUUCAUGCCUAUUCCCAUCAUGGAUGCUGCUCAGGCACUGAAGGCGAGCCCAGAGAAGACGGAGGACGCCUUACUAAAGAUGGAGCAAUACCUGCUGAGGAACCAUGAGACGCGUAAAUACCUCCAGGAGCAGGCGUACAGGCUGCAGCAGGGGAUAGUCACCACCACCACGCAACAGAUGAUGGACAUGAUGUGUGUGAAGGUGCAGGACCACCUGAACUCUCUGAGGUUCACAGAGACCAACUCGGUCCAGGAGGACAUGAAGGUGGCAGAGAACUUCAUGAAAGACGCCAGGAACUCCAAGACACUGCUCCCUAACCUGUACCACCUGAGGAGUGGGGGGUCCAGUGGAGUGUGUGUUGGAGCCAUUCAGGACAAACUGGAGUCCAUGGCAGGAGAGGUUUCCCGGGUGAUGGACGAACAGCUGCAGACGAUGCUGGUGUCCAUGGUGGACACUGCCGAGGGUCUGUGUCCUCAUGUGAUGAAGAGGAGUAGCCUUCGCCAGGAGCUCUUGAAGGCCGGAUCAGGGAGGAUGAGCGUUCCCCGCAGCUUCAUCAGCACCACGCUGCUGCAGCAGUCCGGGGUCGACAUCAUCAACAAGAUAAGUGAAUUGAAGCUGAGCGUGGCAUCUUUUCUAUCUGAUCGCAUCGUGGAUGAGAUCCUUGAUUCUCUGUCCAGAUCACAGCACACUCUGGGUGACCAUCUGAUCAGGAAGAGUAAGCCACUGCUGCAUCAUGAUCCCCCGCUGGAGGCCGAGGUUCUGGAUGAAGUGGUUCUGCAGCCAGCCAAUCACAACCAGGAACAGAAACAAAAACAUGAGAGGGAUCCCAAACACAGGCUGGAGGAGAUGGACACAUGCAAUAUGACCCCUAAAUCCAAGAGGAAGAGUAUUCUGGUCAGGAUGCUGCGCCCCGUCUCUGUGGCAUUUGAGAUGGAAUUUGACCUGGACAAAGCUCUGGAGGAAGUUCCUAUCCAUGUCGAGGACCCCCCCCCUCCUCCCCCUUCACAGCCAUUGGACAGAGCGUCAGCCUGCUAUGGAGACCUCCCCCCUCCCCCUACACCACUGGAUACAAAGUCCGUCUGUUUAAGUGAGCUGCCAGCUGUGGAGCACAAGAUGCUGGAGAGUCACACCAAACAACGGCCUAAACCCAAGAAGAGGACCAGACCCAGCCGACCAGCUCGGAAAUCCACCGGCAGCUCGGCACCGCAAGAUGCAGAGCCAAACAGCAUAAUGGGAAAGCUGGACGAGGGCCUCGAUGACUUCUUCACCAAGAAAGUCAUCAGACUCAGUUUCAAACUUCCCAGUGUAAAAGGUCCUACCUCAAGCCCGCAGGAAUCAGCAGAUAAGAAACGUGAAUCCAGGAAGAGUGGUUUCUUUAACCUCAUCAAAUCCCGGACGUCCCGCUCGGAGAAGAGCACUGGAGCUGCCUCCAACACUCCUCCCCACCCUGCCUCCACAACCACUGCCUCAACCUCUCACUCUAUUACCCCAGUGAAUGAGGAAACAACGCCAACAUCACCCACGCCUCACACAAAAAACCCUGCCACUGUGGUGGACCCCCAUCAGGAGCUCCACAGGGAACCAUCCUUGGAACACACAGAUUCUGAGAUGGAGGUUUCUCUGACGAAUACUGAACCUGCUGAGGAGCGGAAGACUGAGGAGGAUGUGGAGAAGGAGAAUGUGGAGAAUAAUGAGAAUCUGGAGAAGAAGGGGAGCCCCCAAAUGUCCCGCCAUAUUGGAUUCCCUUUGAUGGGCAUGGGCCUGAUGGCUGAGAUGAAGGCAAGGCAGGAGAGAAUGGCUGUAAAGAAGUCCGAGUCGUCAUCUUUGCUGGACAAAGUAGAAGAAGACAAAGCCAAGUCGGACGUCCAUCCCACUGUCCCAGCAGAAACUGAAGAGUGCAAACCAGAGCCGAUACCAAGGUCAAAACCACCAAGCGUCACCCCCAAACCCCCUCCUCAGGUCGCCAAACCCCUCCUAGGGCCCCGCAUCUCUGGGCCCCUCAGUCCUGUCAGUCCAACCAGUCCCAGGUCAAGCAGCAACUUCAUCCUCGAUGAAUCUGCUGAAGCAGCAGCAGGAAACUUGUCAGCCAAAGGUCCACUUCCUGCUCCUCGCCUGAAGAGGGUGCCGUCAGAGCAGGAGAGGGAGAGCACCAGCAGCAGCUCAGCAGGACCCCUGUCCCCUCAGGAAGAUGAGUUUCCUGGGGAUGGUGAUGCGUUCGAGCCGCUCAGUCCAGCAGUAGAUCACAGCGCCGGCGGCAGACACUGGUCGUCUCUGAAGAAUUCAGCAGUUCCCCCUCUUCUAGCCAGUGAGGACGACCGAGAGAGAACCAAGUCCCUCCCUGCCUACGUGAGUCCUCCAUCUCUGGCAGACACUGAUCUCAGUCCAGCUGAGGAGGAGUUUUUAUCUCCGACCGCUGAUCUGAAGUCUGACAGCAAAUCAGAGGACGAUUCAGACGACGCCCCUUCAGUCUGACACCAACAACAUGUCUUCUCUUUUGAAUACAAAGUCAUACAGUCGAAUCAGGGACAGUGGACAAUGAUUCAUUUUUACAAUUCCUGGUGAGGACACUGUAAAGAAUUUCUAGUCACGCGAUUAUCAGUUUCCUGACCCUGGAUCAGUGCCAGCUGUUCAGCCAUGGACACCAGAACAGCCCCAUUAACGCCUCUGUCAACAGCUCUAAUAGGACCAUAAAGAGAGGCCAGAUGUUGUAUCUGCUGCAGAGACAUCUGUUAGAUAACCAUAUCCAGAUAUAAAAUGUCAGUUAGUCCAAAGCACUGAGGAGAAAAAGUCUCUCUGUCCAAGUACGUCCAGGUGAGGCGGUUUGUUUCACUGUAUUUCCACCCUAUUUUUACCCUGUAAACAUUCAACAUUCAACGCAUUUUGUAACGUUAAUUACAAAAUGCCGAAUUACAAGAAAGAAAGUUUCAAAGCCAAAGAUAAUUCUGCUGCUGAAGCCAGAGUUGAACAAUUUAUUUUAUAAAUGUAUCAACAUUUCAAUCUAAUGUUAAGAAAAUUCCGUCUUCAUUUUUAAAGAACGUCCAUCUUUUCCAUGAUUGCUAAUGAUGCUAAACUGCUAACAAAGGUGAUGUGAAAUUUUACCAUAAAAAACUUCCAGAUGUUAUAAAUAUAUAUAUAUAUAUAUAUAUAUAUUUAUAUAGAGCUAGUGAGGGUUCCUUAACAUCUCUGUUUAGUUGCUUCUGAGCAUUUCCUUCAGCUUUCAACCGCAUCUCGUUCCUUAUAUGCGUCAGUAUACAGUGGAAUAUACAGUAUGUGUCAGCUGUUCUGUGGCGAUGACUAUCUGUAGAUGGAGAUUGUGAGAUGUGGUUGAACGCUGUGGAAAAUCCAGGAAGUGGGCUUUGAUUUGGGAUUUUUUUGUUUUAUUAAAUUACUAUUUACAGGUUCAAGAUGCUCAAUAACAAGGUAUAAAUCAUUACAAAAAAACACAUUAAUAGAUAAUAUAAUAAAUAUGUAUCAUUUCAGUUAUACAGAUGUUUCUUACACUGAAAGAAAUCUUUAAAUUAGAUUUAUUUUACAGUGUGAAAUGCAGAAAAACAACUCUCUCGGUUGAGUUGCUGUGUUCAUAUCAUGUCAUAUUAAUUUCUGACUUAUAUAAUAUGUAUUAAUAUAUAUAUACUGUUUAUUUCAACAUCCACCUUUAUGUAACAAAAACUCAAAGCAGUUUCUGAAAUGUCAAAUACUGUAUAUCUAAUCUGUUGUCUAAAAGUGCCUGGAGAGUCAAACCACACUGACAAAAGCUAUAACCUACAAUGCUAUGCUGUAGUUGUUCUCCAUAUUUAGACUUGUGAACACCUUUAUUUCCUGCUGUCACAAUUCAAAAGGUUAGCAUAAAAAACAUAACUGCUUGAUUCCUCACAUUCAUCAGCUUUCAACCUGUCUCUUGACCUGUAACAUACAGAUGUCUGUGAAUCAUGUACUGCUGCACUUACACAUCUGUUAUGUACCAAUGUAAAUAUGUGCUAACAAUACUAUAUGUUUAUGGUUCUGUAUAAAAUAAAUGGGGUUUAUAUCAGAGUAAAAUGCACAAACUCUGGGGUUUAUAUUGUAAAAAAAAUACUAGAAAAAGAUGCUGUUGAAUCUGCAUGAGUUUCCUUUUAUGGUGAUGGUUUUAUUUUAUGGGGAAAUAUUUUUCUGAUCUUUUUUUAAAGACUUGUUUUAUUGUGUGUAUUCCAGUGGUUCCUCAAGCCUGGAAAUGUGACAUUUCUGUCAAAUAUUUCUGUAUUUGUAUGUUUAUACCAAUAAAUCCAGUUUAACUGAU